UUGAUCUCCUUGCAGGAUCUGGUAGCAAAAUCAGAUGAUGUGACGAGGAGUACUGUGCAGAAGAGCGUAUGCGUACUUUCUCGAGCUCCGCUUUUCGGAGCUUUGAAGGCAAAACUGGAGCUCAUAACUCGUGCGUAUUUCGCUGAACGAGAUUUUAGGAAGGUGGAAGUCCUCUCACAGAUGUACUCGAAUUUGUGCGACAUGUUCAACGGAGAAACAGUUGAUGGUCAAGCUACUUGUAUAGAUAUCUCAGUGCAGGACCUUUUCGUCCGGUUUCGUCAUCGAACACUCAUUUUGUUCAAGCUGUUACUACUCGAAAGAAAGGUCGUUUUCAACAUAUCUCCUGCUCAUCUGCUUGGAACUACUAUGCUCGCACUUGUAUCUCUUUAUCCAAAAAUGCUUGAAGAGGGACUUCGCUACUGUUCAUCGCUCUGCACUAAGCCUGAAACAAACGAUUCUACUACGAGAGGAAAAGAUGAUGAUGUUGAUGAUGAAAAUGAAGAUCUUGGCGAGGAAAUUGUAAUUCCAUCUUCUAAGGCAGUUCUUGACGAAGACCCGUUGACUAAAAAAGACAGUUUUGGUUUUCCAUUGAGUAUCUUUACAAAUGGAAACUUGUUCCAUCCUUACCUGUCCAUCUCUUACUUGGAUAUGAUUCGGUCCAAAUCUGUGCGUGGUUUUGCUAUCGGCGCUACAAAUGCUCUUUUCGUUACCAAAAGGGAUCUGAUUGAUGCUAUAGUCACGAUUGAUGAGCAAGAUAUAGGACAAAUCGAAUUUGUGGACGCAAAUUUGAAACGGGAAGUCCCUUUGACAUCUGCUGAUCUUCGAUUUUGUGACUACAUUCUUAAAAAUAUAGAAGAGAACAAGAAGUCGACUGCAGUUUUCGAAGGAAACGAUGAAUGGCUGCGCCUACGAAUGCGCGAAUAUCUUCUAGCGAUGGGAGCCAGCUCGCGAUCUGACCUGGCUGUUGCCGUAGCUGAUUAUGGUGCCCCCUUUAUUCAUAGCUGGCGAUUCACCAGGUUUCGAACUUACCGUGUUUGGAUGUUGGGUCAGCACGAUGAUCUCGUUGGAGUCGCUCCUGGGUAG